AUGAGAUUCAAAAACUACCAACGAUUGAAAUUUCUAAAAGAAAUUCUCGCAAACACCACGCCGAAAUUGUUACUACAAAAGAAUACAUUGCUGAAAAACGCUGAAAGCCGAAAGAAAGAAUUAAAAGAAGCUAAUGCUCAAAAGAAAACAAGAAAAACUCAAAAUGCUAAGGAAAAUAAAAAUAAGACAAUUAAGGUAAAAAGGAACGUACAAAAAAAGAAGAAACCUAGGAAAUCGUCAAGUUCUUCUGCUUCAUCCAUUAAUAAGAGUGAACGUUCAAGAGAUGAAGAUCUGAUCUUCAGUUUUUUAAAGAACAAUGAAGAUCCGUGCACAUCUAGUACUCCUACAGGUCCUAGUGUGUCUGGAUCACCACUUCCUAAAAGGAGUGCCGAAGAGAAAGAGCCAAUUCCAAGUACAAGCGGUAUUCAAAAUCAAACUAAAGAGAAAGAGCCAAUACCAAGUACAAGCGGUAUUCAAAAUAAAACUAUAUUGUCUCAAAUAGUUAUGGAUACCUGCAAUGAUUCUUUUACUGAGAGUUCGUCGGACACGGACGAGGAAUACAAAUGUCCAGUUUUGAUGAAACAAAGAAAAAUUGUUACACCCAAAUUUCAGCAAAUGCGAUGCAGCCUAACUCACACAGCAAAAAUGGCAGACUUGAUCGGCACAUCUAAUAUGGCAGUAGCUAAAAUUGUUAAUUGCAUUUUAGAAUAUUUUAACAUUGUUUCGAAAGAGGAUCAGUCGAAUGUAAUUGAUAAAAGCAAAAUACGUCGAGAACUAAGCAAAAACCGAAAAAAGCUUCAACAGCAACAAGAAAACAAAGACAUAAGAGGACUAUACUUCGACGGGAGAAAGGACCAAACAAUUUGUAUUAAAAACAGCUAA